AUGGACCUGGGCGCGGCCGCCGCGCUGUGCCUCUGGCUGCUGAGCGCCUGCCGCCCCCGCCACGGGCUGGAGGCCGCCGCGGUGCUGCGGGCGGCGGGGGCCGGGCCGGCCGAGGGCCCGGGGGGCGGCGGGCGCACCCCCAGCGCCGCCGCCGCCCCGGCCGCCGCCGCGGCUCCCCCCGGGCCCCGCGCCCCGCGCCGCGCCCCCGGCUCCGGCUCCGGCUUCAGGAACGGCUCGGUGGUGCCGCACCAGUUCAUGCUGUCGCUGUACCGGAGCCUGGCCGGGAGGGCUCCGGCCGGGGCCGCCGCCAGCGCCGCCUCCUCCCCGGGCUCCGGCCGCCACGGCCGCGCAGACACCAUCACCGGCUUCGCGGACCAGGCGACCCAAGACGAAUCGGCCUCCGAGACGGGCCAGAGGUUCCUGUUCGACCUGUCCGGCCUUCCCGACGCCGACGAGGUGGUGGGCGCGGAGCUGCGCGUGCUGCGCCGCGGGCCCUCGGGGGAGCCGGGCCGCGGGCCCCCGGAGGCGCCCCCGGAGCCGCCGCCGCUGCUGCAGCUGUCCACCUGCCCCGCCGCCGCGAACGCGCCGCGCCCGCUGCUGUCCCGGGCCGCCGAGCCCGUGCGCGGGCAGCGCUGGGAGGUGUUCGACGUGGCGGCCGCCGUGGGCAGCCACCGCCGCGAGCCGCGCGCCCCCCGCGCGCUGUGCCUGCUGCUGCGCGCCUGGGCGGCGGGCCCGGCGCGGGGGCCGCUGGCGCUCGGGCGCCUGGGCUUCGGCGGCGGCGGCGCGGCGGCGGCGGCGGAGGAGCGCGCGCUGCUGGUGGUCUCCUCCCGCGCGCACCGGAAGGAGAGCCUGUUCCGGGACAUCCGCGCCCAGGCCCGCACCCUCGGGGCCGCGGGACAGCCGCCCGAGCCCGGCCCCGGCGCCCCCGGGGCGCUGAGCGCCGUCCUGGGCGGCCGCAGGCGGCGGCGGACCGCGCUGGCCGGGGCCCGGGCCGCGCAGGGCGGUGGCGGCGGCGGUGGCGGCGGCGGAGGCGGCGGCGGGGGCGCGGGCCGCGGCCACGGCCACGGGCGCCGGAGCCGGACCCGCUGCAGCCGCAAGCCGCUGCACGUGGACUUCAAGGAGCUGGGCUGGGACGACUGGAUCAUCGCGCCGCUGGACUACCAGGCGUACCACUGCGAGGGCGUGUGCGACUUCCCGCUGCGCUCGCAUCUCGAGCCCACCAACCACGCCAUCAUCCAGACGCUGCUCAACUCCAUGGCGCCCGACGCGGCGCCCGCCUCCUGCUGCGUGCCCGCGCGCCUCAGCCCCAUCAGCAUCCUCUACAUCGACGCCGCCAACAACGUGGUCUACAAGCAGUACGAGGACAUGGUGGUGGAGGCGUGCGGCUGCAGGUAG